GCCUAAUAUCAGCAGCUAUGCUCAUCUAAAUAGUAUUUUUGUUAGUUAUUGUGUUUACUUUUGUCGGGUCUGUCGUGUGUUACCGCCGGUAAUGACUAAUAUUAUGUGUAAUUGUUAAAUAGAAUGAAGCCGGUUUUUUUGUUGUUUUCCAUUCUGGUGGAUAGAACGAUUAUAAUUAUUUUAUCUAAAGACUUGUGAAUUUAUACCCAAGUGGAUAAAACUGUUGUUUUCAGAACCGUUUGCUUUGUAAUUUUUUUUUUUUUUUUUUAUUGCCAUCACAAUGGAAGACGAACUUUAUUGUAUCGCUUGUAAACAGCUUUUCAACAAUCCCGUACUCUUGCCAUGCUACCAUGCUCUGUGCUUAAACUGUGCCGUGCACAUUCAACGUUCACUAGAACCGUCGGCACCGCAAGAAAACAGCGGCAACUCUACGUCCAGCAGCUCGGAGUCUCACGCUUCUGACUACCAUCCAGAGUCCGACAAACUGUCCAUACUGAGCGAGACCGACAGUGGCGUCGUGUGCAACAGCCGACCGAACAGCUAUGUCGGUACGCCAAACAUCAACGGCAUUACGUUCCCGCCGGUCGCGGCCGGAUCGUAUUCGCUGUCUUGUCCCGCGUGCAGGAAAGUGGUGUACUUUGACGAGAACGGCGCUCACAACUUGCCGAAAUACAGGACCAUGAGGAACAUUGUCGAUCGCUAUGGCGAGCUGAAGCACAUUGUUCCCAAGUGCCAGCUGUGCGAAUGUGAUCCAGCGGCGGACGCCACCGUGUUAUGCGAACAGUGCGAAGUGUUGUACUGUGACUCUUGUCGCGACAGUUGUCAUCCGUCCAGAGGACCGUUGGCCAAACACAAUUUACUGCAUCCGUCGGCUGGUAAAGUCGCUUUAAGGAAUAAGAUCAGAAGCAGAGAUAUUGUGUGCAACGAACACGAAGAAGAGUGCUUGUCGAUGUACUGUAUGGUUUGCAAGAUACCGGUUUGCGCUGUAUGCGUGCACGAUUCGAGGCAUUCAAGUCACGAUGUUCAGGCUAUAAAUUCCAUGUGCAAAGCUCAAAAGACUGAGUUAUCUCAAAAUCUCCAGCAACUUUCUGAAAAAGCGCGUACCACCACGGAAUUCAUACAAAGACUAAAACAGAUGUCGGAAAAGCUCAACGGAGAAUGCGAAAACCUAGAAAGACAAGUGGACGCCCGCUGUGACGCAUUGAUCCGAUCCAUCGAGAGACGACGACAAUGGUUGAUCGAUACGGUGCGACGAGACAAGGAGAUCAAACAGAGAUCGUUGAAAGAGCACGUGGCGUCUUGUACUAGCAAACUACAAAAAACCACUUCGCUUUUGCAGUUUUGUAUCGAAGCCCUCAAGGAAAACGACCCGGUGUCCUUUUUACAGGUCGGCUCCAUGUUGAUAGCCCGCGUUUCCAAUACGGACAUGACUUGGCAUAAGGACGUGUUACCGUCUCCGCGAUCAUAUCAUCAGCUAGACCUGACCCUGGACGACAAUACGGUUUUAAAAGCCAUUGAACAUCUGAACUUCAUUCAAAUGAAAACUUUCGGGAACGGAGAGGACAAUAAUAAGCCAUCAGCCCCGAACCCUGCACUCAUUAUCACCGAAGAAUGUAGUGCGGAAAACAAUAGCGUUACUAUUGCGUGGCAACCUCCGACUUCUUCGUACGUUGAAGGUUAUGUCUUGGAAUUAGACGAUGGAAACAACGGUGAUUUUAGAGAAGUCUAUUGUGGAACGGAAACGAUUUGCACUGUGGACGGCUUACAUUUUAACUGUACUUACAACGCCAGAGUCAAAGCGUUCAACAGUGCCGGAGAAGGCGAAUACAGCGAAGUCAUCGGGUUACAAACCUCCGAAGUGGCCUGGUUCACGUUCGAUCCGUGUUUGAGUUCUCCCGAACUGUGUUUCACGGCUGACAACAACACUGUAACUUGUGAAGGAUUUGAACAUCGUGUGGCCAUCGGUAGCGUUGGCUUUUCUAGAGGCGUUCAUUAUUGGGAAUUCACUAUAGAUCGAUUCGACGCUGACACAGAUCCUAGUUUCGGCGUAGCCAGGUUGGACGUGUCCAGAGAAGAAAUGCUUGGUAAAGACGAAUUCGGCUGGAGUAUGUACAUUGACAAGCAGAGGUCUUGGUUUAUGCAUUGCAACAGCCACGACCAACGCUGCGACGGCGGCAUCCAAGUGGGAUCCACGAUCGGAGUGCUUCUGGAUCUAAACAAACAUCAGCUGUGUUUUUACGUCAACGAUGAGCCACAAGGACCUGUCGCGUUUCAUGACCUCUACGGAGUAUUUUAUCCUGCAGUCAGCGUAAACCGAGGCGUCGCCGUCACUCUACACACAGCUCUCGACGCGCCGAGCGACGUAGAAGACUGUUGAGAUUUCCUUUUGCCAAAAAGUGGUGUUAUAGUAGAUGUGGAACUUUGACAAAAAACCAAUUUUUAACUUUUUACCUUUAAAUCUUUAUAUUUUAUUU